UAUAUUUUUCUAAAAAAAUUAUGAGUAGUAAAUUCCCCUGAGGAAAUGCCGCUUCCCUACUAGUGCAAGAGCAGGGCUCUGGGUAGCGGGAAAUAGAUGUUGUAUAACCCAGCCUUGCCCUGGGGAAUGGAUUGCCUAAUUGCCUCCUGAAAGGUUUAAGUGUGGAGGAUUCAUGGGGAGCCUGGAGAAAAUGACACCGGCUGUUUGGUGAUUGAGUUUGGGGAGCUGGGAGGCUGUGUGCAUCCCUGAGGGCUGGGCCCAGAGACAGGCAGCAAGCCCGGCGGCACAGACAACAAGUGGGUACUUAGAAAUCCUGCGGAAGGAGCACAGAGAGGCAUUUGGAAGAGGAGCACUUUGGGGUUUUGUCUGUUUUUGUUUCUGUGGCUUUUUGUUGCUGGGCCAGAAGGACAAGGGGUUCUGCCUCCCCUCCCGACCCUGAGAUCCUGGGGCAGCCUUGGGCAGCCUCAAGCUCUGGCCGGAAGGGCCAGCGAAGCCCAGCACGAGUGUCUCAGCCUCGCCCUGCCAGCCUCGCCCUUCAGCUGAGCUGGAACAGAAGUUGGCUUUGCCCUGCGCGUCAGGUAGAUUUGGGUGGUCUUCAUUUUCGAGGUGAGAAAUGGGGACUUUCUUCACUUAUGUGAAUUAUUUAGAUGAGAACUUACUUUAUACGGCUAGGCCGGCCUCAGUUGGUCCCAUGCACUGGGGAGGCCGGGUGCAGAAGAAGCCCCCCCAGCUUCAGAAAAUGCUCCAUGGGGAUCAGUCCCUGUCACCCCCGGUCCUUGGAGCCAGUGUUGUCCACUCCGUGUCUGCUGUUUGCUACGAUGGGCCUUAGGUUCUGUCCUUGGCCUGUUCCUCUGGGCCAAGCCUCAGGCAGCUCCGCUGAGAGAGGCCCGGCAGGGAUAUUAGUGAGGAAAGGGUGCUGGGCCUGCCGCCCUCGUGAAGCAGAGGCAGCCACGUGUUCCCUGGAAGCACCAGUUUAUGUCUUCGGGCAAGGGUGUCCCCUCUUUACAAAGCACCUUCUUCCCUCCCAGGCCGGCAGGCCGUCUGGACGUGAGAAGAGCCGAUCCACCCUGCCGGUGCCCCCGGCUGCUCCUCCUUCCUGGGUGCAGCCCAGCCCGUUCCCCUGUCCCUCAGGACGAUGCAGUCGAUCCCCCCAGUGGUGCCCAGGGAUCCUCAGCCAGGUCCCCGGUUCAGGGGUCAGAAGCUGGCGUGGGGCUCAAGGUGGAUGCUGGCAAGGGUGGAGCCAGUUUCCAUGGCAUUUCCUGAGCCACACCUGCAGCGCACCAAGCCCCGCCCUCAGGGAGGCCACUUCUGCAGGACCAAACUCCGCCGAGCUGCCCCCAGCCUGCCCCCGGCCCCUCCCGCUGUGCCUGGGUGAGCGCCCAGCUCGCCGUCCCCACCCUCCUGGCCCCGCUCUGCCCGGCCUCAGAGGGCUGCGGUCUGGCUGGCCUGGCGGGAGCUGGGCACUGACUCCACUUGUGACUCCAUCCUGGCGUGUUCUCUCUGUGGACCGCUUCACCAUUAAGAAAGGAAAGAGCUUCAGCCCUGUGGCACGAAUUCCUGACACAUUCGACGUCCUAAUUAUCCAGGAUGAAUCAGCAGCUCUGCCCGGCAGGGCGCUGGGAAGCCUGGGCUGCCAGCCCACCGCUGGAGGACUUCAGGGAGAGCUACCUCUGUACCUGGGGAGGCCCCAAGUUGACCCCAUCCUAGAGAUUCCUUCUGUCCAUCUUAUUUGUGUCACUGGGGGCUAGAGGGGAGAGCGAAGCUGGCCGUGAGAUUUUCAUAAGAGGCUCGGGUUCCAGAAAUGACUGCCGUUCCCUGAAAGUGAGGCCUUUGAUGUGGUUUCCACUGUAACCUUGAAUCCCCUGGGACAGCCCUCGUGCAGGAGUGCAUCUCUGAGAAACUAGCCUGCCCACAGCCCCUGUGACCGCCUUGGUCUUUGCUGCUCCCCCCUUUCCUGCCCCCGUGUCCUCCAGUGGUGGGGGUCCCCAGUUUACUUGCGAAUCCACAACCAAAGCCCAGAAAGAAGAAGGUUGGGGAGCCCUGCCGAGGAGUGACGCACAGGUGUACCAGGUGCGCUGCUCGAGAGAGCGGCACCUCUUCCUAAGUCAAGAGCAGCAGGUGGAGAGGCCGGUCCACGUUCAGAGGCUCUGUGGGUGCCCACUGCUUGCCUCCCUCUGCACCCUGCUUGCCCGUAUCAAAGGGGGUGCUGUGAUCAACUCCCACCCCGCCCCUUUGAAGCCCCACUAAUCUCCCUUUUCACCCCACAAGCCCGUGUGCUGGCGUCGGUACCCCUGUGGGGUGUUGGCCACCAGGGACACGAGGGGCCCCAGCUGGUCUUGCCUUGUUCCCAUCGCCCUUGUCCGUCCUGUGCAGUCGGACUUUCUCCAUCCCCUCCAUCCCCCUUGUGUUGUCCCCAGGGCCCCUCCUCUGACCUCCUGUGUCCUCACAGCCCCAGGCUCCUGCAAUUUUCUGCCGUGUGCCCACAGGUUAGAGAUGCCCACACUUCCUGGGCAGGGCAUGGCGUGCAAGCCAGACCUCUAAGGAGGGAGGUGAUCCUGCCCAGGCUUCCUAAGGGCUGGUGCCUGGCGCCCUGUGUACAUUCGGGACCGCAGCCCACCCUGAGCAUGCAAAGCAGCCCUGGUGGGGGCCGCGUGGGAGAGGGUGAGAGCCUGGUCUCCCCUCCUCGCUGCUGGGCAGAUCCUUUUGGGACCACCGAGCCAGGAGCAUCCCUCCGCUAGUGAAGCAGGACCUUCUUGGCCGUGCUGUCCCUCCACUGGGGGAGGGAGAAGCGGACUCUUCUAAUCCGCCCCCAGGGCUCCUGAAGACCCGCUCGUGCCUCUAACAAGGAGCUGCCACUGUGGUCCGCACGGCCCAGGCCUCAGAGCCAACCAGCGCCAGGCCGACCUAGAGCCCAGCUCGAGCCCCUGUGAGCGUGGAAACCGUGAAGGUCCCACAGGCGAACACAUGGCUCGGGCGGAGGGGGGGGCACCGAGCCUCGUUUGGUCCAUGUCCAAUCUUGCAAGUUAGGGAAACUGGACGAGUCACAGCCUUUUCGUAAGUUCUCAGUCACAGACGUCUUCACCUGCUCCUCCAAAGCCGUGUUCUGGAGCCCAGUACAGGGAAGCCGUGGACGUGACCUCACUCACCCUCACGGAACAGGGAGAACUGACCAGAGAGAUGCCCCCAGAGGACCCGGAGCUGCGACCCCGCGUCGGAGGACCAGGCCAGGUUCUCGCUAAGCCCCGUCUCCCUGUUCUGCUGGGACUUCCAGAGAAGCCAGCUUCACCUGCGGGGCCCUGGCUGACCUCACGCUCCUUCUAAACCUGGGCGUGAGGACGCCUGAGGACCCUGGGGUGCUGCGGACACGGGACUUCUUUCCUGUCUGCUUGUCUCCUGUGACCAGCAUCGCUCGUCCUUCUGACUCUCCCACACCAGGCCCCGCGGCUAUGCUUCUGCGUCCACAGAGACAAGCUGCCACGUGAUCAGAAGAGAGGGGACAGAGGGGACAGCUCUGCAACUUUAUACGGGUCCUGCUGAGGCGGAACUCCGUGGCGAGAAGAAGAAUCUUCCCAGCAGUGUCCCUACAGGAGGCCCAGCCGUCCAUCCGGGUCAACGGGUUGCUGUCAUGAACCAGGGGGAGGCUGAGCACCACGAGGGCAGGUGUCGCGGGAGGGAACAGAGGGGACGCCUCCGAGGUCCUGAGCCACGUGAGCCCUGAAGGAGGCCGGCCUAGUGGGGUGUUUGCGCAGGUGAUGCUGGACACACACCGCUGGGUUGGGUGUAGGCGCAUCACCCACCUCGUGGGGUCUUGUCCCCUUAGCUGCUCCCAAGAGCAAGCAGUGGUGUGGGAAGAAUUUUCCAAGGGUACCCUCUGCUCGGGGCCACCGCUGCCCCACUGCCCUCUCACAGCCCAGCCCCGCUGGGCCCCCGGGCGCGUGUCCUCGGGGAAGAGGUGCAGGGCCCCCGCACAGCUUUUCAGGGCUGCCUGGAGCCUGUCAGCAGGGGCCUGCCCUCUCCUGUGCGGUCAGAAAAGGGCUGAGCGACGCCGACAGGACCUGCGCUGGGCCUGUGCCGGGGAAGGGGCCUUUCUGGACUUCAAGGGUCCCCAACAAGAGCUUCACACUUGGGACAGAGGAGAGGCAGCCCUCAUCCAUGUCAAGAGAGGAGGGAUGCGGGUGGGAAGAGAAGAUAAAAGCUGGGAGAAGGUGCCAUGUGGACGGAGAGGAGGCCCUGAUUCCGGCCACCGUGGCUCCCAGGACGGGCCUAGUCAUCCCGAUGGAGCUGGCUGGUCGUUCAGAUUGAAGUCAAAUCAGUUCACACGUGGAAAGGAUCAAGCAGGUCAGUAAUUUGACUUAGGCCCUCAUCAUCUCUCUCCUAAGCCAGCGCAAGCCUCCUAACGGUCCCUGUUUCCAUCCUUCCCGGUCUGCCAGGGCCCACCUGGGCCAGCUGGGCCCUGCCAUCUUGAGGCCCGCAGGCCUCCCAUUGCCACUUCAGACUUGACCCAACUUCUGAUUUACGCAGCAGCUGCUCUCAGAGGUGCCGUGCACCAGAGCCCCCGGGAGACGCAUGAAAGCACAGACGCGAGUCCCCGCCUCCUUCCACAGCUGCCAGGUCAGAAUCCGUCCGUGUCCCGCUUCCUGUUGCCACUGUAACAAGUUGUCACACUUAGCGGCUCAGCACAGCACCGCUCACCACCUCACAGGUCUGUAGGUCAGACAUCAGAAGGGGUCUCCCCUGGGCUGGGAAUCAAGGUGGCCACAGGGCUGGCUCCUUGUGGAGGCUGUACGGGGGAAUCUGGGCUUUUUCCAGCUUCCAGAGGCCUCCUCUGCCUACAAAGACCGUCUGUACUGAGUCAGAUGCUCCGUUAGUCCCACGCUCCCCACGGGAUGACAGGUGACUUGCCUCUGCCUCUCAUAGGCUUCGCUGGUCGUUCAGCUGCUUGGGAGCCACGCUGAAGGAACCUUUGCAUCGAGGCCCAGACCAGACCAAAGAUCUACCCAGUGGCAUUGCUGGGUGACCACAGACCUGGACACCCCGUGCAGGCUCACCUGGCCGUCCCCAAAGCCAUCUUACCAGACGUCCACGUCCUUGCACAGGCUGGAAAGCAGGACACCCAUGCGGCCCCUCUGAGCGAGUGAAAGGAGCUGAUUACAGCCACCGGGCAGAAGCUUCAGGGCCCCGACGGCCUGCUGAAGGCUGUCCCUCAAGCCGUCCUCCCGGGCCACAGAUGAAUGUCCCCAGACAUCCGUGUCCUGACCCCUGGAACCCGGGAAUGUGGAAUUCAGGGUGCUGGUCCAGUGACCCUGAUGUGGACAGAGUCCUGGGCUCUCCGGUGGCCCAGUGUGAUCACAGGGUCCUUAAAAGUGGAAGAGGCAGCAGCAGAGGAGGUCAGCGAUGUGAGGGGGAAGGACUCAGUCCUGCAGUGCUGGCUUCGGAGGCGCAGGAAGGCCCACGAGCUGAGGAAAGCGGGCGCCUCGAGAAGCUGGAAACGGCCCUUCGAUGGAUACGAGUCCUCCCCUGGAGCCUCCAGAAAGUGGGCAAAGCGAAUCCCAGGAGGGGCAGCAUCGGGCCCCUCAGAGAGGAGGGGAAAUGGCUUAAAAAAUAAAAGGCUUCACACUGACUGAGGUUUUGAGACAUACAGAUCAGAGUCUGUGAAAAGUGUGCUUACAUUUUUUCACAUGUGAAAUGGACUAAUUGUCAGUGACGGUAGUCUGCAUUUGCAUCUGUAUCUGGCAUUCGCAACGCACAUUAACCUCUAAGAACGUGGAGGUUACACAUGGGGCUUUGCUGGGCAAGGCAUUCACUCAAGGUUGCCCGGCUACCGGUGGUCUGGCAAGAGGGAUGCAGCUUCCAGCACAGCACAGACAGACAGACAGACGCUGGAAGGGCAGACAGAUGCUGGAAGGGCAGGCGGACGCUGCAGGGCAGGUGGACGCUGGAAGGGCGGGGACGCUGCAGGCCCGUCUUGAUUACAAAGGCAAAGGAUUGUUUUCAAAAUUAAACUCAUGCUCCACGUCUUCGCAACAAAAGCAGUGAGGACGUGAGUGAUUCCCCGAAACUGUUUUGUAGAGCUUUACCUGAGUGGAUGCCCAGAAAACCCCGUAACAGAAUGACUGUUUGGGAAUAGCCUCCGGAAAUCCUACUGGAGGGGGAUGGGGCGUGUAACUAGAACACGAGUCUCCCAGAAGCCUGUCCUCCCGCUAACCCUGCUCUAGCCCAGUGCGUCACGCCAGCAGGGCCCACGCUCUGGACCUCCUCUCCUCACGGCCGCAAAGGCCUCCGCGGCGACGGGCCGGCUGUACUGCCUGCUUCGUCACCUGCUCUUUAAUUGGGAAGCCCAGUGUCCAGGCCCACGGCACUGCCCCCACCGUCCACUCCCCCGCCUCGCCAACCCUGCUCCCUUGGUGCAAGCUCCUAAUUGAUUAAACGGAUGAUUGAUUAUCGGGCCCGAGCCAUGUGUUCUCCAGACACCCGUUUGCUUGGAAUGGACGGAGCGCGGCCGACAUCCAUCACCGCCCGCUGCCCGCAGACUCGGAGCCAGGGACUGCUGUGGGCCCCGCCGCCGUAAUUGCCGCCAGCCUCCCCUGAAGCAGGUGCACACCCGCCAUCAGUUUUGCUGUCUUGAUGUGAGCGUCCUGCCAGCCGGCCACUGUCAGAUGCUGCUGACGCAGGACUCGCUGCUCCCAGCCUCCCAAAGCAGCCACCCUGUUCGGGAUGCCCGGUGACGGUUCCGUCAGGGAGCGGGGAGUGAGGAUUCAGGUGCCUCCUGGUCGCGGGGCUGCUGGGGGACAUGUGAUCCGCUACUUUCUUGCUGUCUGGUGAGAUGGAGUGGUGACUCCAGCUGGGUCCUGGGAGCAGGAGGAUCAGUUUCCCCCCUAAACUGUGGCCCUCAGGCUAAGAUGCUAUUGCCCAGGCAGCCCUUGAAAGCCGGGGUUUCACUUCACCCCCAUCUGGACAUGAGAAAGUAGGGGGGAAACGGGAAUCCACUCAGUCAAUCCAGCCACACGAGGCCCUUUAUUUUGUGCAGCCUGGGAGGCAGGCAUAGCGUCAAACGGGAGGUGGGGUCAGUGCAUGACUGUCACACACAGUCCUGAGACUCCACGUCUGGAGGCUGACGAGGUCCUUUCUGCAGGGGUGCGUCCAUGGCCUGUGCUUCCGGCAUCUUUCUUGCUUCACCCAUGAAUUUCCACGAACGUUGUGCUUCUUUAAAGUGAAGCAAUGAUUGUGAGGCAAAUAUAAAGCUACGGGGUGCAAAAGCAUCUCUGUUUCUACAAUUUUCUCCUCGAUCUUUUAACGGUGGCUGGUCUCCCUCAGGGCCACGUUGGAAGCAAUAUUUGUGCUACUCAACUUUACAAGUCUUUCGAAAGCAAUAGGCCCAAUUUUCAUAAAACAUCAAUUCCCUCUCUUUUCACUCAGCCUCCAUCAUUUUGCUUCCCAGUAAGUAAAUCUCAUCAGUGCAGUAAAGCAGUCCUAGACAGCUUUGGGACCAAGCACACUGCUUCCAGCUGCAUACAAGCAGCUCGAGACGGCCACAGUCUCCGCAGGCCAGCUGGAGGUCCUGCCAUAGGAAGACCAGCCUGGGACGAGGCCAGGCCCGCCCUGGCAAUGCUCAACGGGCACCCAGGAAGAGCGGCACCCAACUGGGUCACGACUCAGGCUGAGAAGCGCCAGUUACAUCCACUGCGUGGUGAUCGGCAGUCAAAGUCGAGUCCCAAGACGCCGCCGUUUCCCUAAGACUGAAAAAUAAACCAGAAGCCCUAGCUUUCCAGAGCCCUUAAAGAGAAUUACACAUUCUGGACAUUUACUUUAUUUGCGUUUUUUUUUUUUUUUAAGCUGAAGACAUUUUCAACUUAAAAAUUUGUAUAAUAAUGUAUUGUGCAAUGUACACAUCGUACAUUAUUGUAUACAAUUAAAAGCUUGAA